GAGUCUUGCUCUGUUGCCCAGGCUGGAGUGCAGUGGCACCAUCUUGGCUCACUGCAACCUCCCCCUCCUGGGUUCAAGCGAUUCUCCUACUCAGUCUCCCCAGUAGCUGGGAUUACAGGUGUGCACCACCAUGCCCAGCUAAGUUUUGUAUUUUUAGUAGAGCUGGGGUUUCACCAUGUUGGCCAGGGUGGUCUCGAACUCCCGACCUCAGGUGAUACACCCAGCUCGGCCUCCCAAAGUGCUGGGAUUACAGGUGUGAGCCACCACACCCGGCCUCUAGUAAAUCUUUUUGUUUUGAUGUGAAUAAAUAGAAAGCUUAUAAAAAAUAAAGCAUUCAACCAUUUCCCUUUCAAUAGUCAAAGUUCAAACGCCAGAAAAGCUGAAAUAGGUGAUACAAAGUCAUCAUUUAGUAUAAGCAGUAGUAUAUUUUGAGAAAAUCCUAAACUCCACUCAUUGUCUUACUUACAAGUGCACCGAAAUAUUAUUGCCUGUAAAUGACAUUGCGGUUUUACUAGUCAGGAAAAUGAUAUAAAUUUUUAAUUCUAACCUAAAACCUGCUUUAGUACUAACCUGAGGAAAUUACAUGGUUGUUUGUAAGCUAAUCAAGAGCCCUUAAACUCCAUUACAUAAAUGAUACACUUACCCUUUGUAUUAAGGGACUAACGGCUUCGCUUUUCAACAAAGCUGGAUCUUCUGGCACUCGCUCAGAAGAUAGCCAGUACUUCAGAGAUAGAUUGCUUUGAGGGCACUGGAACUGCUGAGGGACAGAGUAAUCCUAAUGAGAAAGGAAAAAGAGGACGCCUCUGGAGUUAAAAUAAGACAGAAUGCAUCUGUGGAGAACACGGUGACUGAAGACUGGCAGAUUUCUCAAUAUCUCAGGCCACUACACACUGCGCAGUUUUCAUUUGUAUUUUGGAGGUGCUCUAGAAAACUUAAAAAUGAUAAGAAUAAAAAGUAUAGACACUUUUAACCAGCCCAUGUACAGGAAAUUCUGUUGGUGUAGAAACGGUUCUGCUGUUCAUUCCUUAACUGCUUCUGUUCCCACUUUGUCAGAUGUAGGGCGAGGUGGUGGUGGUGAGUCCUAUUUUUGUAUCUCUAUCCACAGUCUGGAAUCGUUCGGAUUAUUUUAAGCCUUCAUAACAUUUGCAGAGAGCUUGGAGUAUUUUGUACAUGUAGUGGGGCAGUGCCUGGCCUCCUGUGAGAGAUUGAUCAUCGGUACAAUCCACACGAAACUCACUUGCCAGUGGACCGGGAGGAUCGCUGCCAUCCUUUCAGCAAAGAGCAAACGAAUAAGCAGAGAUCCGGGCCCAUCCCUCCUCGCGCAGCAGUUUCUAGAUUUUUACCCCGGCGUCAUGAAUGGCUACCAGCUGGUAGUCACAACACUUUCAUAAUAUUUGCACACAACUUAUUUGGGUCGCUUUCUUUUCUUUCCCUUUUUUUUUUGAGAGAAACGGAGAGUCUUACUCUCUCGCCCAGGCUGGAGUGCAGUGGCGAGAUCUCGGCUCACUGCAACCUCCGCCUCCUAGAUUCGUGCGAUUCUCCUGUCUCAGCUUCCCAAGUAGCUGGGGCUACAGGCGUGCGCCACCAUGCCCAGCUAAUUUUUUGUAUUUUUUUUUUUUUUUUUGGUAGAGACGGGGUUUCACUAUAUGUUGGCCAGGCUGGUCUCGAACUCCUGACCUCAGAUGAUCCGCCUGCCUCGGCCUCCCAAAGUACUGGGAUUACAGGCGUGAACCACCGCGCCCGACCAUUAUUUGGGUCGCUUUCUAAUUUUUUUCUCCGUUUGUAGCUAGCGUUGCCCGAAGGAGAUUUCAGAGAGAUCCCCUGGAGAAAGGGACGUCGGAUGUCGUUUUCCAGUAAUUUCUAGGGGAAAUCUGGGACAGUCAGGGGGUAAAUCUAGUGCCGUUUACUUAAGUUAAAAAGGCGUGGGGAGCCAGGUGGUGCCCUGGAGGGAGGGCCGCGCGAGACGAGACCAACCUUCGGGACAGGGGGCUACUGAACGCAGGGGAUUCCGCGGAGCCUCCAGCCCCUGAGCGUCCACCUUCGGCCCACCUGGGGGACGCGGUCUCGGGAGGAAAGCCCGGAAUCCCGAGCCGGCCAGCCUCUAGCAGCGGGUACCGGAGCGCGUGGGCAGGCGCGCGGAGACAGAGGCUGGUCGGCGUCUGUCCCUUUAAGGGGCCGGUCUCCCGGCGCCGCCGGCCCAGACGCCAGGACGUGCCGGGGCCGCCCCGCCCCGAAGCCGCCCGUUUCCUGCCGAGUGGCGCGACGGCACCUGAGCGACUGCGGCGGCGGCGGCGGCGGCGCCUCGGAGCGGGCGGCCCGGGCUGUAGUGCCGGCGCCGCCGCAUCUUCCUGGUCUCCUUUCCCGGCCGCACAGGGCUGGAGUGCAAUGGUGUGAUCUUGGCUCACUGCAACCUCCGCCUCCCGGGUUCAAGUGAUUCUCCUGCCUCAGCUAGGAUUACAGGUUUUAUAGGAUCACAUUGACAAAAGUACCAUGGAGUUUUAUGAGUCAGCAUAUUUUAUUGUUCUUAUUCCUUCAAUAGUUAUUACAGUAAUUUUCCUCUUCUUCUGGCUUUUCAUGAAAGAAACAUUAUAUGAUGAAGUUCUUGCAAAACAGAAAAGAGAACAAAAGCUUAUUCCUGCCAAAACAGAUAAAAAGAAAGCAGAAAAGAAAAAGAAUAAAAAGAAAGAAAUCCAGAAUGGAAACCUCCAUGAAUCCGACUCUGAGAGUGUACCUCGAGACUUUAAAUUAUCAGAUGCUUUGGCAGUAGAAGAUGAUCAAGUUGUACCUGUUCCAUUGAAUGUGAUUGAAACUUCAAGUAGUGUUAGGGAAAGAAAAAAGAAGGAAAAGAAACAAAAGCCUGUGACAGAAGAGCAGGUCAUCAAAGAAAGUGACGCAUCAAAGAUUCCUGGCAAAAAAGUAGAACCUGUCCCAGUUACUAAACAGCCCACCCCUCCCUCUGAAGCAGCUGCCUCAAAGAAGAAACCAGGGCAGAAGAAGUCUAAAAAUGGAAGCGAUGACCAGGAUAAAAAGGUGGAAAUUCUCAUGGUACCAUCAAAAAGGCAAGAAGCAUUGCCCCUCCAAGAGACUAAACAAGAAAGUGGAUCAGGGAAGAAGAAAGCUUCAUCAAAGAAACAAAAGACAGAAAAUGUCUUCGUAGAUGAACCCCUUAUUCAUGCAACUACUUGUAUUCCUUUGAUGGAUAAUGCUGACUCAAUUCCUGUGGUAGAUAAGAGAGAGGUUAUUGAUUUGCUUAAACCUGACCAAGUAGAAGGGAUCCAGAAAUCUGGGACUAAAAAACUGAAGACUGAAACUGACAAAGAAAAUGCUGAAGUGAAGUUUAAAGAUUUUCUUCUGUCCUUGAAGACUAUGAUGUUUUCUGAAGAUGAGGCUCUUUGUGUUGUAGACCUGCUAAAGGAGAAGUCUGGUGUAAUACAAGAUGCUUUAAAGAAGUCAAGUAAGGGAGAAUUGACUACGCUCGUACAUCAGCUUCAAGAAAAGGACAAGUUACUUGCUGCUGUGAAGGAAGAUGCUGCUGCUACAAAGGAUCGGUGUAAGCAGUUAACCCAGGAAAUGAUGACAGAGAAAGAAAGAAGCAAUGUGGUUAUAGCAAGGAUGAAAGAUCGGAUUGGAACAUUAGAAAAGGAACAUAAUGUAUUUCAAAACAAAAUACGUGUCAGUUAUCAAGAGACUCAACAGAUGCAGAUGAAGUUUCAGCAAGUUCGUGAGCAGAUGGAGGCAGAGAUCGCUCACUUGAAGCAGGAAAAUGGUAUACUGAGAGAUGCUGUCAGCAACACUACAAAUCAACUGGAAAGCAAGCAGUCUGCAGAACUAAAUAAACUACGCCAGGAUUAUGCUAGGUUGGUGAAUGAGCUGACUGAGAAAACAGGAAAGCUACAGCAAGAGGAAGUCCAAAAGAAGAAUGCUGAGCAAGCAGUUACUCAGUUGAAGGUUCAACUACAAGAAGCUGAAAGAAGGUGGGAAGAAGUUCAGAGCUACAUCAGGAAGAGAACAGCGGAACAUGAGGCAGCACAGCAAGAUUUACAGAGUAAAUUUGUGGCCAAAGAAAAUGAAGUACAGAGUCUGCAUAGUAAGCUUACAGAUACCUUGGUAUCAAAACAACAGUUGGAGCAAAGACUAAUGCAGUUAAUGGAAUCAGAGCAGAAAAGGGUGAACAAAGAAGAGUCUCUACAGAUGCAGGUUCAGGAUAUUUUGGAGCAGAAUGAGGCUUUGAAAGCUCAAAUUCAGCAGUUCCAUUCCCAGAUAGCAGCCCAGACCUCCGCUUCAGUUCUAGCAGAAGAAUUACAUAAAGUGAUUGCAGAAAAGGAUAAGCAGAUAAAACAGACUGAAGAUUCUUUAGCAAAUGAACGUGAUCAUUUAACAAGCAAAGAAGAGGAACUUAAGGAUAUACAGAAUAUGAAUUUCUUACUAAAAGCUGAAGUGCAGAAAUUACAGGCCCUGGCAAAUGAGCAGGCUGCUGCUGCACAUGAAUUGGAGAAGAUACAACAAAGUGUUUAUGUUAAAGAUGAUAAAAUAAGAUUGCUGGAAGAGCAACUACAACAUGAAAUUUCAAACAAAAUGGAAGAAUUUAAGAUUCUAAAUGACCAAAACAAAGCAUUAAAAUCAGAAGUUCAGAAGCUACAGACUCUUGUUUCUGAACAGCCUAAUAAAGAUGUUGUGGAACAACUGGAAAAAUGCAUUCAAGAAAAAGAUGAGAAGUUAAAGACUGUAGAAGAAUUACUUGAAACUGGACUUAUUCAGGUGGCAACUAAAGAGGAGGAGCUGAAUGCAAUAAGAACAGAAAAUUCAUCUCUGACAAAAGAAGUUCAAGACUUAAAAGCUAAGCAAAAUGAUCAGGUUUCUUUUGCCUCUCUAGUUGAAGAACUUAAGAAAGUGAUCCACGAGAAAGAUGGAAAGAUCAAGUCUGUAGAAGAACUUCUGGAGGCAGAACUUCUCAAAGUUGCUAACAAGGAGAAAACUGUUCAGGAUUUGAAACAGGAAAUAAAGGCUCUAAAAGAAGAAAUAGGAAAUGUCCAGCUUGAAAAGGCUCAACAGUUAUCUAUCACUUCCCAAGUUCAGGAGCUUCAGAACUUAUUAAAAGGAAAAGAGGAACAGAUGAAUACCAUGAAGGCUGUUUUAGAAGAGAAAGAGAAAGACCUAGCCAAUACAGGGAAGUGGUUACAGGAUCUUCAAGAAGAAAAUGAAUCUUUAAAAGCACAUGUUCAGGAAGUAGCACAACGUAACUUGAAACAGGCCUGUUCUGCAUCACAGUUUGAAGAACUUGAGAUUGUGUUGAAAGAAAAGGAAAAUGAAUUGAAGAGGUUAGAAGCCAUGCUAAAAGAGAGGGAGAGUGAUCUUUCUAGCAAAACAAAGCUGUUACAGGAUGUACAAGAUGAAAACAAAUUGUUUAAGUCCCAAAUUGAGCAGCUUAAACAACAAAACUACCAACAGGCAUCUUCUUUUCCCCCUCAUGAAGAAUUAUUAAAAGUAGUUUCUGAAAGAGAGAAAGAAAUAAGUGGUCUCUGGAAUGAGUUAGAUUCUUUGAAGGAUGCCGUUGAACACCAGAGGAAGAAAAACAAUGACCUUCGGGAGAAAAACUGGGAAGCAAUGGAAGCAUUGGCAUCAACUGAAAAAAUGCUGCAGGACAAAGUGAACAAGACUUCCAAGGAAAGACAGCAACAGGUGGAAGCUGUUGAGUUGGAGGCUAAAGAAGUUCUCAAAAAAUUAUUUCCAAAGGUGUCUGUCCCUUCUAAUUUGAGUUAUAGUGAAUGGUUGCAUGGAUUUGAAAAAAAGGCAAAAGAAUGUAUGGCUGGAACUUCAGGGCCAGAGGAGGUUAAGGUUCUAGAGCACAAGUUGAAAGAAGCUGAUGAAAUGCACACAUUGUUACAGCUAGAAUGUGAAAAAUACAAAUCCGUCCUUGCAGAAACAGAAGGAAUUUUACAGAAGCUACAGAGAAGUGUUGAGCAAGAAGAAAAUAAAUGGAAAGUUAAGGUUGAUGAAUCACACAAGACUAUUAAACAGAUGCAGUCAUCAUUUACAUCUUCAGAACAAGAGCUAGAGCGAUUAAGAAGAGAAAAUAAGGAUAUUGAAAAUCUGAGAAGAGAACGAGAACAUUUGGAAAUGGAACUAGAGAAGGCAGAGAUGGAACGAUCUACCUAUGUUACAGAAGUCAGAGAGCUGAAAGAUCUGUUGACUGAAUUGCAGAAAAAACUUGAUGAUUCAUAUUCUGAAGCAGUAAGACAGAAUGAAGAGCUAAAUUUGUUGAAGGCACAGUUAAAUGAAACACUCACAAAACUUAGAACUGAACAAAAUGAAAGACAGAAGGUAGCUGGUGAUUUGCAUAAGGCUCAACAGUCACUGGAGCUUAUCCAGUCAAAAAUAGUAAAAGCUGCUGGAGACACGACUGUUAUUGAAAAUAGUGAUGUUUCCCCAGAAACGGAGUCUUCUGAGAAGGAGACAAUGUCUGUAAGUCUAAAUCAGACUGUAACACAGUUACAGCAGUUGCUUCAGGCAGUAAACCAACAGCUCACAAAGGAGAAAGAGCACUACCAGGUGUUAGAGUGAAGUAAUUGAGAAACUGUUCAUUUGAGGAUAAAAAAGGCAUUGUAUUAUAUUUUGCCAAAUUAAAGCCUUAUUUAUGUUUUCACCCUUUCUACUUUGUCAGAAACACUGAACAGAGUUUUGUCUUUUCUAAUCCUUGUUAGACUACUGAUUUAAAGAAAGAAAAAAAAAAGCCAACUCUGUAGACACCUUCAGAGUUUAGUUUUAUAAUAAAAACUGUUUGAAUAAUUAGACCUUUACAUUCCUGAAGAUAAACAUGUAAUCUUUUAUCUUAUUUUGCUCAAUAAAAUUGUUCAGAAGAUCAAAGUGGUAAAGGCAAUGUAAAAUUUAACAUUUUAAUACUGAUGUUGUACACUGUUUUACUUAACAUUUUGGGAAGUAACUGCCUCUGACUUCAACUCAAGAAAACACUUUUUUGUUGCUAAUGUAAUCGGUUUUUGUAAUGGCGUCAGCAAAUAAAAGGAUGCUUAUUAUUCAAA